AUGAAUUGCAAAUCAGCACCAACACCAAUAGUGAUAGGUUUGAAGUUGAGUAAAAAUGACAAAGGAGCUAAUGUAAAUCCAACUUUGUAUAAAAAACUUGCUGGUAGUCUCAUGUAUCUAACAGCCACAAGGCUAGAUAUAAUGUUUGGAGUUAGUCUCAUUUCAAGGUUCAUGGAGUCUCCAAAAGUUAUACAUUGGAAUGCUAGAAAAAGAAUUUUGAAAUAUGUUAGUGGAACAAAGAAUUAUGGAAUAUUUUACUCAAAGUCAAAUGAUUUCAAGCUGAUAGGAUAUACAGAUAGUGAUUGUGCUGGCAGCAUAGAUGAUAGGAAGAGCACUUCUAGUUAUGCUUUUCAUUUUGGAUCAGGCGUAGUAUCAUGGGUUUCAAAGAAACAACCAAUUGUAACUCUUUCAUCAGCUAAAGCAGAGUAUGUAGCAGCUAUAGGGGCAGCAUGUCAAGCCAUUUGGAUGAGAAGAAUGCUGAAAGAAUUGAGGUAUGAAGAAGAAAGUGCAAAAAAGAUUUACUAUGACAACAACUCAGCUAUAGCAUUGUCAAAAAAUCUAGUAUUUCACAAAAGGAGCAAGCAUAUAGACACAAGGUAUCACUUCAUCAGGGAGCUGAUCAACAAUGGAGAAAUAAUAUUGGAACAUUGCAAGUCAGAAGACCAAUUUGUUGAUAUCUUGACCAAACCAUUGGGAAAGGAAAGUUUUGUGCAUCAAUGA